GGGUGUAGUGUGGGGAGAUUGUGGCUGAACACUGUGCUUUGAAUGGAGGCUGAGAACUGGACUAUCCUGUAACAUGAGGUCCUGCUGUUUGGCUGUGUUUCCCCUGCUUCUCCUGCUCUGUCUGCCUGUACCCACACAUUCAGUGUCUUACUUUGGAGACAGUUUCUGCAGGAUACAAGUCACCCAAGAUGUCCCCACAUUCCAACUCUCCCUGCAGUUCAAGACUGUCCGGCGCAGCGCCCUUCUUUUCCUGGCAGGUGGUGUUCAAGACUACCUGGUCCUGGAACUUUACAAUGGCAGGCUACAGGUGCGAAUGAACACGGGGUCAGGUGAGCUGGUCCUGUCAUCAUCCCUGGGACUGCAGUUGAACAAUCUCUUGGAGCACAGCGUGACGGUGACACUGCAGGAUUCCAAGCUGACGAUGCUGAUUGAUGAGCUCUUCAGCACUUAUCUGCCCAUCUCCCAGACUCAGGAUGACCUUAGCAUUGACCUGGGCUUCUACCUGGGGGGCACAGGGGACAUGCAGCCCCCUUACCUGGAUGGAUCCAUCCCCCCUCUCAGAGGCUGCAUGAGCGAUGUUAAAUUUGAGUCUCAGAACUUUGACCUGCUGCAGUCAGAGCCGGCACUCUGCCACAACACCAAGGAGGGCUGCAGCACUGAGUUUGAGGCAGGAGAUGGAGAGGCAACCAGCUUCAUCAGCCCUGACUCCUUCGUGUCCUUCCCGACAUGGAGCGUAGCACCCACUCGGACCCUCGAGCUGCUAAUGAAGACCACCAUUGAGGAUGCUCUUUUGGUUUUCCAUGCCGGACGUCGGAGAGACUUCUUCGCUCUCGGCGUAGUCGGGGGCUACCUUAAAGGAGCUGUCGACCUGGGUGGGGGAGCAGUCAUCCUAGACAACCCCAUGGUCCAGUUAGAUGAUGAUCAGUGGCACAGGAUCAAUGUCCAGAUGGACCGGAGUGUGUUAGAGAUAACUGUGGACAGUCAGGUCGUCUCCGUCCCGCUGAGCAGCUCUGAGAAAUUAGAUCUAACUGGGAGUCUGUAUUUUGGAGGCAUAGAAGGAAAGAUGAGGGAUGUGUAUCGUGAGAGUGGUUUGUUGUCUCGCAUGGAGGAAGAAAUGACCUCAGAGUCUUUCAUUGGCUGCUUGGGAGAAAUUAAAGUAAACAAGAAGGACAGAAGCUUGCAGGACGCCUUAGUGACCAAAGAUGUUCAUGUGAAAUGUGAAGGGGAGGACUAUGACUACUCCAGUUACUAUGACGGGUAUGAGACAAGUACAUCUGCACCCCCUGUGAGGAUCCAGUAUGUGGAUUUGAACCCUAAUGAAAGGCACUGUUACCCAACACCUGACACACCACCAAAAUUCCAAAACCUCACAAGACUCCUUGACAUCACACCUCUGCUAGUCCCCGAAGGCGGUGAGGCCUUUCUUGACCUAAACAGCCUCAGUCCUAUGAUAGAUUUACAUGCUGUUGGCAUCCAGCUGUCCCAGAUCAUUUUCACUCUCAAGAAUGACCCUUGGUAUGGACUGGUUGACAUGAACAUCAGUAACAAGCGGUCAAAAAAAUUUACACUCCUUGAUGUAGUAAAUAAGAAAAUAAAGUAUCUCCAUGAUGGUAAUGAAAAGUAUGGGGAUCAGAUACAACUGGAAGUUGUAACCAAUGGUAAUAAUGACCUCCCAGACUGCCUAAAGAUGCCCCAGCAAUAUGUCCUUCCUGUGGAGGUCAUUCCUGUCAACGACAUUCCCCAGCUCGGCGGAGGUGAUAUUAAGAUCACAGAGUACGGCCGCACUCGUUUAAGUCCUAAUUUAAUCAAAAUUGUGGAUUCGGACACACGGUGUGACGAAAUGAGGGUCAGAGUUGCCUCUGAGCCCAGCAUAGAGGAGGGUUAUUUAGAAAACGCGAAGCAACCUGGGAAGAGCAUUAAGGAGUUUACAUGUCGACAGCUGAAAGAUGGAAAUAUUUACUACGUUCACAAGGGAGGGAUGGUGGCAGGACUUACACUACAGGUUUCAGAUGGACACUCAAUCAGUCAAUCUGCCACCUUCAGCUUGUCAGUCACACAGCCCCGCAUGUCGCUUGUGGCAAACACCGGCCUCCUCCUGCCACAAGGAGGCAGCACCUCCAUUGGUGUCCAGCAACUGUCAGUGUAUGCUUCUCCAAGAAAUGGGUAUAUUGUGUAUAAUGUGACACAGCCCCUCAGAUUUGGAGAACUACAGAUUCUUACAAGCGACAGCAUAACCAAACAAGUGACAUCAUUUCAACAGUCAGAUAUAGAACAGGAACGACUGAGGUACAUAAGCACAGACUCAAACAACCAGGAUCACAUUGUAGAGGAACACAUUCAGUUUGAUGUGCAUCUGGGACAGUUGACCCUGCGGAACAACACUUUUGUAAUUAGAAUCAUUCCCUCUGAGAUACAAAUGGUCAAAAUGGUCCCUCUGAUGACUGAAAUGGAUAAAGAUAAGUCUAUAACACAAAGAGAGCUGGAGGCUGCAGUGAAAGGGAAGACUGUGAAUGCAGAGUCCAUGACAUACACCCUUAUGAGGACUCCCAUCCUGGGGUCACUACAUCUGCUCAGGAAAGAGCUGAUGGUGGGAGACAGUUUCACUCAGAUGGACCUGUGGAAUGCUGAUCUUUACUACAGUGUAAGUGUCCACAGCACUGUGGACCUGGAGGACCAGUUCCAGUUCAGAGUGUCUGCUGAAAACCAUCACUCACCAGUGUAUACCUAUCCCAUUCAUAUCCUAGCAAACACUGAUGUUCCACUUUUGACUAAUGAGAGACUCAUUGUUUUGGACAAUGGGGAGAAUAUCCUGAAUAAGGACCACCUUUGGGUCCAGACUAAAAAUUCUACAGACUUUGUCUACCGGGUGAUUGAGGGCCCCAGGUUUGGUCGUCUCAUCAGAGAUUCCCCACCUGGCCAGCCUCGGUUUGAAGGAGCCAUUAAAGUAUUCAGCAAUGAGGACCUGCUUCUGGACAGGCUGAUCUACCAGCAUGAUGGCUCUGAGAGCAGCGAGGAUGAGUUUACUUUCCUUGCUUUCAAGCAAGCCAGAGGCAGCACCUCAGAUCAGUUACAGGGCCGAGAAGCACUGAACGGAGUGUUCAGGAUCUCCAUCCAGUCCCGCAAUGAGCACAUACCAGUCAGGGUUGUAGAUAACACUCUUCAUGUGGCAAGAAACGGACAACGUUUGCUAACAACCGAUGUUAUUCUGUUUAGAGAUGAUGACACAAACUUCAACGACACUCAGUUAGUGUUCACCCCGGUAGACACACUUUCAGGUAACAUAGUCUCUGCUGACGACAGCUCCCAGCCUCUCUCCAGUUUCACUCAGGCUGAUUUGAAAAUGAAGAAGGUUCUCUUUGUACACCAGGGAGAUGAUAGUGAGAGGUUCCAGCUUCAGGUCUUUGAUGGUCUGCACAAGACCAUAGCAAUGCUUCAGAUUCAUGCUGCUGAGCCCUAUCUUCGUGUGGUGAACAACACCAUGGUCGUCGUUGAUCAUGGUAAAUCAAAGGCACUCAACACCAGCCUACUAAGUGCGGAGUCCAACAUGGACAUCCGAGACUUGAGCGAGAUUAUUUAUGAGGUGACAUCACCCCCUAGCAAUGGAAUCAUUACCGUUAGUGGAAUAGAGGCCUCUUCUUUCACUCAGGAACACUUGAGAAAGGGUGUGGUAUCAUACCUGCAUAAUGACCUCAGCCUGAGCUCCAAAGACUCCUUCAGCUUUAUGGUGCGCUCAAAAGGCCUGACUGAGGACGGCACCUUCAGAAUCAAGAUAUUCAAGCAAGGAUACCUGUCACAGCCAGAUGUUCUUAUCAAUGAGGAUAUCAUCUCUUAUGAAGGAGAGCACACAGAAAUUGACCAGGACCACCUUAAGGUGGAGCAGGUUGACAUCUUGCCAUUGGAGAUGGUUUACACCAUCAAGGAGCCCCCUAGACUGGGUCACGUGGUCCUGCUGACUAACAGCACAGAUGGAACAUCCGGCCCCCGUCUGGAAUACAUCCGCUCCUUCUCUCAGGAGGACAUCAACACAGGGCAUGUCAUCUAUGUGUCCACCUCAACCCCAGGCAGGGACGUCUUCAGCGUCGAUGUCAGUAACGGGUUCACGGCAGUGGAGGGCCUACGAGUCAUGAUCCAAGUGGUUCCCCGGCUCAUUCCCGUCCAGAACCAGAACUUCACUGUGAGGGAGGGGGGCACGGUGGCCCUGUCAGCGGAGCUCCUGAACAUUUCACACCCCUUCUACAGCUCUGCCAACAUUGACUUUGUCCUGGACGAUCCUCCCCAGCACGGCCACAUCCGCUACCAGGAGGGAGACCGGGAUCCGCUGAGCUUCUUCACUUGGGACGAGGUCAAACAAGGCCUCAUCCUCUACCUGCACGAUGGGACAGAGACAACUUCUGACAGCUUCACCAUCACUGCCUCUGCCUUUGAGCUUGAGAGACACAGUAUCCCCAUCAUCUUUGGGGUCACUGUUCUCCCAGUCAACGACCAACCACCCAAACUGACACGCAACACUGGUGUGGAGCUCCUCGCAGGAGAAGAUGCAGAAGUCACAAGAGACAUGCUGAACACUGAGGAUGCAGACACCCCUCCUGAAAAGAUAGUUUAUUCUGUUGAGUCAUCAUCUAAUGGGAUUGUGGCACUGAAAGAAUCCCCUAACAGUGGCAUCCAAAGCUUCACUCAGGCACAAAUUAACAAUGGUCUGCUUAUGUUUCUUCAUAAUGGGUCUGAGUCUGGAGGCUUCAACUUCACUGUGAUGGACGGAGUGCACACCUCCCCACUUCACAGCUUUGUUGUCACAGUGAGACAGCUCCUCAUCACCAUGGAAACACAGGGGGAGCUCUUGGUCUUCCCAGGAACAAGACAAGCAAUUACAGGUGAGAUCUUGAGAGCAGUGAUAAGUGAGGAUGGCGAUGAGGUUUCAUACACUGUUCUGAGACCACCGCUCCAUGGACGGCUCAUCUCCAUCAACCACAGGAACCAGUCCGAGGAAGUCUCCAGUUUCACACAAACACAGCUGGAUUCUGGAUCCAUUCUGUAUGAACACCACCUCCCUGCUGAGCCUUUCUGGGUCACCCGGGACUCUGCUGAGCUGCUGCUGUCCUGCCCUCCUGCCCAGGACCUGGUGCAUAUUCUCCCUAUCACAGUGUCCUACCUCACCCAGCACCACAAUGGCACAUCCCAGCUUUGGAAGAACUCAGAUUUAAAUAUUCUGGAAGGCCAGACGAAGGUCAUUGACAGCUCCAUACUGGAUGCCUCCAACCUUUUGGCAAGUGUCCCAGAGUCAGAGAGAGAGACUGUGGACAUCCUGUUUGAGGUGAUACAGUUCCCUGCCCAUGGACAGCUCACUUUGGGCAGCCUGGAACUGGAGACGGAUGCUCCUUACUUCUCACAGGAGGACCUGGACAGAGGAGAGCUGCGGUACGUCCAGCAGGACCCAGAGACCUCAGGCGACAGCUUCUCCUUCCGUGUGUACCUCAACCCUCACGAGCAAGACCCACCAAGCCCAGCAGAAUCAGGUGUAGUCAUAGAGGAGACGUUAAGUAUCUCGAUUGUGCCUCGAGGUUACAGCCUACCAGAGCUGGGGAGCCUGGAUCUUCAACUUGAGGUUUUGCAGGGCUCAACCACCUUACUGACCCAACAGAACCUCAUCGGUAUUGAUGAAGUCAACACACCCGGCCAGGUUCUCUUCACUGUCACCCAGAACCCCUCCAAUGGCUUGAUCAUUGACUUACAGUUCGGGAACCAGAUCUCCCAGUUUACCCAGGAGGAUGUCAGCGCUGGACGAGUGGCAUUUGUCAGCGACGGAACACUGUCUGAUGGAUUCAUGGAAUUCAUCAUGUCCUACAGGAGACAUCAAACAGCGCCCCAAGCUCUCCAUUUCCAGAUCAUGGCAAGGACCUUGCUGCUGCUCAAAGCUGAGAAUGUCCAGGUAACGCAAGGUGACGAUGACACCCUGAUCACAGAAUCCACUCUAAAAGCCAGCACCGGUGGGCCUAAAGAAGAGGAGGUUAUAUACACCAUCACAAGCUUCCCCAAAUAUGCUGUGCUGACGCUGGACCAGCAGCCAACAUCAGUGUUCUCUCAGAGGGAAAUCCAGGAGGGGAGAGUGGGCGUCCACUUUGUCACACACACUUCCCCAAGGGACAGCAUGACAUUUGUGGCCCACAGCAGAGCAGCAAACGUCUCUGGGAUUUUGAACAUCACCGUAAUGCCUUUAGUGAACCUUCCUGACAAGCCUCUUUUACCCAAAGCUGCGACCGUUCUGGUUGACAGUAAAUUAUUGGAUGCCUCAGUGUUAGCUAACAAGACUAAGGCUGAGCCGACGUUCAGCAUCACACAGCCGCCACGGUCAGCUCGGGUGGUGAGACUGGGAGAGGGCGGAGAGGCAGAGCCGGUAAGCAGCUUCAGCCAGACCGAUGUGAUGCAGGGGCGUAUCGCCCUGGAGGUUCUGAACAACAGUGCAGCAAGUGACCCAGUCCAAGAGGAUGAGGUCCACUUCUUUCUCACAGCCCACGGUGUCCCACCCGCAGAGGCAGUGCUCUCCUUCAGGACCGCCCCAUACAACUCCUCAGAGAAUUACAAGGUAACAGUGCUUACAGCUCCCUCAGGCAGCCCCCCAUCCAUGGACGAAACUGAAGCAGAUGAGGAAGAAACUCCCUUCGUCACCCCCCUCAGUCCCAGAUGGAGAGGCAGUGUGGAUGAGACUCCAGAAGUAAACCACACCUCCCCACAUCUGGACACAGAAUCCAACCCUAAGCCUGUAGAGUCAUCACAGAGCAACCUCUGGGCCAUCCUCAUCCCCAUUCUCCUCAUCCUUCUGCUGCUCAUCCUGGCCGCCAUAUUAGUCUACUACCUACUGCGCCGCAACAAAACAGGCAAACACCACGUCCAGCCUGUCUCCACCAAACCCAAAAAUGGGGAGCUCAGCCAGGAGACCUUCCGGAAAACAGAUUCUGGUAACAGCAUCCCUAUGUCAGACAUGGACUCUAAAGAGCCCGACCCAGAAUUGCUUCAGCACUGCCGGACAACUGACUCAGCUCCCAAAAAGAGCCAGUAUUGGGUAUAGGAGGGCUUGGCAGGCCAGAAUGAGAGAUGCUAACAGUUUGAACUCUAUGAACAGUAUAUCUGUUGGAAUCAGUCCUUGCGGUGUCAGAAAUCUUUCCAGACUAGUGUAAAGACAUAGAGUCAGACUUUUAGAGGUUCAUCAGAACCCAAACUGUGUCUCUCUUCAGGUCAUGAAGGGGGAGGGGAGCUAUAAUGGACGUAAGCAGGAAAUGCCUCAUUAUGCUGUUUAUUCACUGUAAUGAAAGACCUCGCUGGACAACCAGCAUUCUCACGCCACAAAAAAGGACAGAAACACCAUGUACAUG